GGUGGUUUCUUAGUAGCAACUUGGAGAUUCCUUGCUGCAGUUGGAACUGCAAGUGAGCAAUGUGUUCCUUAUGUUUCCUUUGGAGGAGCAGUCCCUGCUUGCAAUAUAAAAUCUUGUGCAGUCAGUGGAGAAAAGUCACCAUUUUACAAAGUCAAAUCUGCUAGAAAACUUAAAGGAAUGGUUGACAUGAUGGCAGAUUUGAAAGCCAAUGGGCCUUUGCAAGCAACUAUGAUUGUUUAUAAGGACUUUUUCAGUUAUAAAUCUGGCGUUUAUCAUCACGUUUCUGGAAGAAUGGUUGGUGCACAUGCCAUCAAGAUUGUUGGAUGGGGAGUUGAUUCUGCUUCAAAACUUCCUUAUUGGAUUUGUGCUAAUUCAUGGGGAGAAGAUUGGGGACUUGAUGGUUACUUUUGGAUUGCAAGAGGAAGAGGUGAAUGUGGAUUGGGUAAGACUGUUUGGUCUGGAAAACCAGCUUUGUAA